CCUUCCCCCUCCCCCCUCCCUCAAGAACCCUAGCCGCUGCCUCCUCCUCCCGCCUCAGCCGCCUCCCCCCUCCCCUCCACCCCUCCCGCAUCUCGUCCGCCCAGAGUGCGGGGGCGAGCUUCUCGACGACGGUGGCGCUGGCUCGAGGCCGGGGAGCGGCCGAUGCGGCCCUCCUUCUCGACGACGGUGGCGCUGGCUCGAGGCCGGGGAGCGGCCGAUGCGGCCCUCCUUCUCCGCCAUCACCGAUUCUCCUGGCUGUUGUGAUGGCAGCGCGGCGGAGCUCGUCGUCGACCGGCGGGCGGCACCAGGCGGCGGCGCGACCAUUAGCAUCGGCACCAGCGCACGAGGUCAUGGGGCGUGAGGAGAGGGAGUGGAUAGAUGCAUGGGGAGUAGGAGCCCGUGGUCAUGGCGGCGCAACGGAGGUCGUGGCCGGGCCCUUGUCCCAACCUCAAGCCAUUGGGGAGGUGAAGAUGGUGAUGGCGGCAGGAGAAGCGCGCGGAGCAGCAGAAACAUCAUCCCUCCUUGCCUUUCUUUUAUCUCUUCCUAAUAGUUUGUUGGUCGAAUUUAUAGGAUUCUUAAUCGACAGAUCAGGAAUCACCUCCCCAUUCAGCUAAGCUGCAUGUCUUUUGAUUAUAUUUUGUCCUUUCUUGUACUUACAUCUCAUGCUGUGUGGAUUUCCUAUGGCUCAAGUUUGUUGCUGCGCUCAGGUUUCAGCAAUUGCUGCACCUGCAAAUUUGGGGUUGAGUGUACAGUUUACUUUCAGUCAAAAGCUAUGCUAUUUUCAGCACAAGAUAUUAUAUGUGGUCUUUGACAGAUUUGAUUGAUUUCGGAUGAUGUACAUGAAUGACAGUGGACGGACAAGGAUCGAGGGAAUGUAGAAGCGGCUUCGUCAGCGUGUGUCGAGAUUCUUAGCGAGCAGUUUCUUGGACAAGGAUUGAAAAAUUUAAGUAUGUACUUAUUCCUGUGUGCAGAUUACCAUGAAUAAGACAACUGAAGGUUAAUAAUCUUCCUCUUAUUUUGCAUCCUUGAUUAAUUUAUAGCAUUCAUAGUAAUCCCACAUGUAUACAACUAAUGUCUAUUUGUUUGUUUCCACUGACAUUUUCUUGCCGGCAAGAAACACUGACCUCAGGCAUCUACAACUCAUUGCCUUUGCUUUGUUGAUUUAUAUAAAAAAGGAAUUUCAGGCUGCCAUUUAUGUGAACAUUUUUUCUGUUGCAGAUUUGACCUGCUCGACAAAGUCCAAUGAAAGAAGUAUAAUGUAUCAUUGAUUAUAGCUAAAGAUGGACAAGGAUUGAGGGAAUGUAGAAGCGGCUUUGUCAUCGUGUGUCGAGGUUCUUAGCAAGCAGUUCCUCUGAGAUGGUUUCAGCUGAAGGAUUAGUGAGACUGUUUGGGCUGAAUUCUGAUUUUGUAGCACUUAUUCCAUGUGAGGCAGGUAGCAUAUUGAUAUCGUCCAGAAAUAAUAGUGUCAUCUCAACUUCUAAAUAAGAAUCUAGCAGAUGUGCCUACUGGUUUAUGAUGGCACCAUAAAUAAUAGUGACAUCUGUUUUGUAUCUUGCUUGUAGUGUCCAGAUUUCCAAUUUUGUUGCUAUAUCUUUGGCGGUGAGUUGAUAUCGAUUUAUUAGUUCUAGAGACAAAAGAAAUUUGAAAGCGUGAAUUUUAUCUAAUCCAUGUUGUGCUUCCAACUUUGAAGACUGGAGAAGAUGUCAUUCUGUUUGACCUCUCUUUCAUUAAUCCGUUAGGAAAUAUAUAUGAUGUAGGAGAGUUACACUAUCAAAUGUUUGGAAUACUUCUUCCAUGUUGAGAUGGGAUGCAUAUAGUUAAUGACAUGCUUUUGAGUUCAUAUAGACAGUUCAUCAUAGAAAAUGCACCGCACUGUAUUUUCUUUAUAUAUGAAUUUAGAAUACAUCAUUACUAUUUUAUCGAUCAUUCUUACUGGUUUCUAAUCAUGAUAUUUGGCAUUCUCUUGCACAAGGAUAUUGUGGUAUGGUAGUUCUUAUUUUUUGUGAACCGAUUCUAUCGUGCUUCUACUUCUAUGUGUUUGUUGAUGAUUGAACGGAGGUUAGAUUAGAUUAUUGCCAUGGUAGUUCUCAUCUUCUUUAUCUGAAGUAGUAAGUUUGUUUGAUGUUUUCUAGCUUUCCUUCGAUUAUGAAAAUUCCCAGAGAAUGUCCCAUUGUCACUUCAAGGAGUAGCAGCUGAUAUUGGUGCUUCCACCUCCGCGUCAUGCCCGGGCCGAACUGCCACACCCCCUGGUUCUCCACAUUUUCUCUUUGGUGUUUUAUACAUUCAGUUAUAUCCUAUCUUAUCCAGUAUGUCUCAUAUCUUAGUUGAUUUGCAGUUUGUACUCUACUUUACAAACAUUGCAGAAAUAUUCUACUAACAGCUUAUUUUCUACUGUUUGGUUGUUUAAACUAAGAAAUUAAAUCUGGACCCGUACAAAUCUUGAGUAAAAUAUAUGCUAAUUAGUUCCUCUUGUUUAAUCUAUUCUAGGAUUGGGCACUACACAUAGAGCUAAAAAGUUACAUUGCCAUUUUAAGUGCAAACAAACAGGUUAGGUGGUGUGUACCUUAUUUCAGGAUCAACAAUCGGUGAAUCGGAUCUAAGGUUUGAGUUAGUACUGAGCAUUGUGUAUUCUAGAUGGACUAAUUGAGUGUGCUAAUUGAACCAUAUUCAUGGUGUUAGUCUGAAGUCAGAUUAUGCGAUUCACUCGUAUUAAUGCCAUUACUAUUGGUACAUUAGAUGAAUUGGGAGAGUUAAGUUAUGGGCUUCUUGCCAAUUACAUGCCCACAAAUUAUACGUUGUGACAACUUUUCUCUUUAUGACGAGCAUGUGAUGUCGUAACUUUCCUUUGGAGGACGUGGGGUCAUUUUCUGUCUAUUAAAUAUCUGCUUUGUGCUUUUGGAAGUGUCUAGCAGGGCCACAACUUAUGAAUGUAGUUGCAAUAAUGCACAAGAACUUCUUGUCAUUAGUUAAGAAAAUAAACUAUGGGUCAUUUUAACAACAUCAUUUCACCUUUUCAGUGUCAGCUAAGGUAUUCUGGUUUCUUGAGAUGGUUUGACUAUUUGAGUUUCCAUUGGUUACAGGUGUGUAUGUCCCUGAUGACAUGUUGCCCAAAAUCAACAUUUGUAGCUUCUUUAUAUAUGGCUUUCUCUCUUUCCAUCAUGAAGUUUAAUUGAUUUAUAUUCCAAAUGGGCUUAUUCUUACAAUCCAUUCCUUGCUAAUUUAAUUUUUAUUUUGCCUUGCUGGUCUUGAAUUUAUACUUUUAACUUAUUUCUGUGUGCUAUGCUUCUUUGACUACAUGUAAUCCUCUUCUGUCCUUGGUUCAGAUCAAAUGUGGAGUCCACUUCUUUCCUUGGUUCAGAUCAAAUGUGGAGAUGAUGUUUUUUGUUCCGCUAUGACUAUUAUUUUCACCUUGGUGACAGUCUCACAAAUCCUCUUUCCUUUCUUUUGUUGAUGUCUUGCCUCCUGUGUACUGAUAGAGGCAUAUAACAGAUGCAUGUCUCGGAUUAGAGAACUAUGAUUGUCCAUCUAUUAUAUAUUUUUCAUUUACCUCUUACGAGUAGUUUCCCUAAGUAGAAAAAAUGCAUUUUUCAGCCAUAUUGCUUUAUUAUCCUUUUUUGUGGGAACAAUACGAAGCCACACUAUGGUGUGCUCUGUUCCCAAUUUUACAAACUGGCAAGUUGCUGCUUGAUUUUGUUUCUUUCAGAUUUUUGUGUGCCUUUCUCCGUUAGAAUGUUUCUCCUCAACGACCAUAUCGAUAUGGCUGGCGUUUGCAACUGUGAUUUUGGUUGAACUGUGCAUGAUCAUCCCUCUAUUCAAAUUGUUGCUUCUCAAGGAUAUUUGCAAGAGAAAAUUGCUUCUAUACCAUCGACAACCUCAGCAAUGGCUCAUUUGCCAUCCAACAAAGCUCCGGUGCUUAUAUACCAGACACGAACAAAUUCUAUUGCUUUUUUGCCAUUGCCGUUAGUCUGCCGUUAGAUAGUGUCCGUUUUCCUUGUCAGAUUUCCCACAAAUUCCAAAUUUACCCUUAGUUUAGAAAAAACAACAACUCACGCACGCACCCGACCCUCCCCAUCCCACGACUCCACGCACCCCCCGACCAUCCCCAAUCCGCACGCGCAACGCAACGCCGGCCUCCAGCGAGCCGCAAUGGAGGAACCCCCGUCGGCGCCACCACAACCCCCACCGCCACUCCCUCACCCCCCUUCGGUGCCGCAUCAUGGUGGAAUCGUCGCUGGCGCUUCCCCAGGUCUCUCGCCCACCGCAUCUUUGAUGCUAUCUAGGCGGCGCUUCAUGGCGGAACCGCCGCCAGCGCUUCCCCAGCCCUUGUCGCACGGCCCAAUCGCCGCCGCGCCUGUACCACCGCGUCUCACCACGUCUUCGACGGCCAACACAUGGGGCCCAGCAGCACCAACCUCUUCGAGUGGCCAUGUCGCCCAGAACCCUAGCAUUGGGGAUUCCGGCGAGGUGGAGAGUGGGGCAGUGGCGCCGACGGACGAGGCCCUCCCCAAGAUUAACUCCUUUGUGGGCGCACUUGCAGCAGCCCAUCUGCCCUAGAAUUCCAUGCCCGACGAGGAGGACGGCAUAGCUGAUGAAUGUGGCUCGACCUCUCUCUCUGCUAUUUGCGCUAGGAUGAUCCAGUCUUGUAGCUAUACAGUAGAGGUGAAGGUUUGUGGCAGUGGAACCAAAAUCACUGGGGAUUCGAUAUUUAGUUGGCAGAUUAUUGAGGGUAGUAGGACAAGUAUGAAGGAUUUGCUGGCUUGUAUUGCCGGAAAUUUUGCUUUAUGCUCAGAGGAUAAUAUAUUUCUUGAGUACUUUGAUUCCAUUAGUGGCAAAAAUAUCUCUGUGUCAAAUGAUGAAGAAUGCAUGAAAAUGUUUGCCUGUUUUGAUCAGAAUAGAAGUGGCCAUUUGAUCAUCAAAUAUUCUGAGAGAAGUGAUAAUGUUGAUGUUCCAUGUACUCCUUCGAACCAAACACCAUCUAUAGCACUGCCCAGUCAACCAAGUAGCGUCAUUGAUGAAGCUAGUGUAUGCCUAACAGAUACAUAUCUUGACAAUCCGCAUGAAGAAUAUGAACAUGUUGGUGUAGAUGAGGAGGACCAGUACUCAAUUGGCAGUGUUGGUUCCGAUAGUGAUGAUGAGGUCAAAGAAAAAGAUAUACCAAAUAAUGAUUAUGUUGAGGAUAGCAGUGAUGAUGAGGAAUGGGUUGCAGAAGAUGCUAGACCGGAUGCUAUUCCAGAAAAUGCUUAUGACAAAGAAAACCCGCCAAUGCAUGUUGGCGCAAAGUACCCCAACAUUGAAGAGUUUAGGUUGGCAAUUGCUACAUAUGCUGUAAAGAAAGAGUUCGAAUUCAAGGUUGAAAAAAGUGAACCUACUCGAUUCAGGGCUUAUUGUCGCCGGGCAAAGAAGACGGAUUGUAAAUGGAGAAUUCAUGUUGGGAGGUUGGAUGACCAAGAAACUAUGGAGGUCAAAGUUCAUGUGCAGGAGCACACUUGUUCUAGCGCAAAGAAGAAAAAGAAGCAGAAAAAUGCUUCAAAGGCAUGGGUGUGUGAGAAAGUCAUGGACUGGGUAAAAGAAGAUCCUAGUGUUCGGCCGAUGGAGUUACGGAGGAGGCUACAUGACAAGUACAAGAUCAACGUCCAAUACAUGAAAGUAUUCCGUGGCAAAGGGCUAGCAAUGGCUAAGUUGUUUGGUAACUGGGAUGAUUCUUUUGACAAGCUAUAUGCUUGGAAAGCUGAGGUUGAGAAGAGGUCUCCUGGAAGCAUAGUUGCGAUUGACCACAUGGAGUAUGAUCAGAAAAAAUAUUUCAUACGGAUGUUUGUUGGGCUGAAGCCUUUGUGCGAUGGAUUCUUGGCUGGCUGCAGACCUUACUUGGCGAUAGAUAGCACUCAUUUGACAGGCAAGUACAGAGGCCAAUUAGCUACUGCUUGUGCCGUUGAUGGGCACAAUUGGUUGUAUCCUGUAGUCUAUGGAGUUAUUGACUCAGAAACUACUGAAAGUUGGGUGUGGUUUUUGGAGAAGCUUCGUGAUGCUAUUGGCUCUCCCCCUGGUCUAGCUAUAUGUUCAGAUGCGGGAAAAGGGAUUGACAGUCCAAUCGAAUAG